AGGGCAGGCGCAGUCACAGGGUCAGCUGGGGAGUUUCCCUGCUUGAGUUCUGAAACAUCCCCUUCAAUGAUCAUCAAUACUAACACUAACAGUACCAAUUAAGCUUCUAUCUCGCAGUUUUCCGGUGAACGGAGGAAUUCAACACAGAAGAAGUUUGCGAUGUUUUUUAAUCGGCAGUGAAUUAAUAGUCGUGUGAGGAAACCGAUACUGGCUCUAAUUCACCAAUUUUGAGACUGAUAGAAGGGUGGAAACGCCGUGAAACAAUGUGAAAUGUAAGGAUUUAGAAGAUGGCAAUGUCUAAGGUUAAUCAAUGGCGUAUGCUGGUGGAGGCUCUUGCAGUAGCUCUUCUGAUAUCCACCAGCUUGAUCAAAGGUGCGGCAGGAAAGCCCCCUCACAUUGUUUUCAUCGUGGCUGAUGACUAUGGAUGGUUUGACAUUGGAUAUCACAAUUCUACAAUCAAGACACCUAUCUUGGACCAACUGGCCAGCCAAGGGGUCAAGCUGGAAAACUACUAUGUCCAGCCCAUCUGUUCACCGAGCAGGAGCCAGUUAAUGACGGGCAGAUACCAGAUCCAUACGGGUCUUCAACAUUUUGUCAUCAUCGCUCCUCAACCCAACUGCCUACCCCUCAAUGAGACAACACUACCCCAGAAGCUUAAGGAGAGUGGCUAUGCCACACACCUGGUGGGAAAGUGGCAUCUGGGCUUCUACAAGAAUGAAUGCAUGCCUCUCCAACGUGGCUUUGAUUCUUCAUUUGGGUACCUAAGUGGCAUGCAAGACUACUGGACCCAUUUCCGCCACGGGUCGUUUCCAAAUUUCAAAGACGGAAAUCAUUGGCUUGGUAUUGACUUUCGGGACAACGACCGAGUGGCGUGGGAGUACACAGGAAACUACUCACAGUUUGUUUUCACUGAAAGAGCCCAGAGGGUGAUACAGCAGCAUAAUCCAAAUCAGCCUCUUUUCCUGUACCUACCUCUUCAGUCUGUUCAUGGACCCCUGCAGGUCCCUGAUAAAUACAGGAAACCUUACGCUCACUUCCAUAAUGAAAAUAGGGAGAUUUAUGCAGGAAUGGUAGCCACAAUGGAUGAAGCUGUUGGGAAGAUUGUAGACUCCUUGAAAGCGGCUGGACUCUGGGAAGAUACUGUUCUAGUGUUCACAACAGACAAUGGUGGAACCCCUCAUGCUGCUGGUAACAACUGGCCCCUGAGGGGGACCAAGAACACCCUAUGGGAGGGCGGGGUCCAUGGUAACGGGUUCAUUACUGGACCGGUUAUACCAGCUAAGAUGCAAGGCACCGUCAGCAAACACUUCAUGCACAUCAGUGACUGGUUCCCGACACUAAUAGAGGGCGUGGCAGGGGGGAGCACUGCCGGCCUGGCUCUUGACAGCUAUAACAUGUGGGACUCUAUAACAAAAGGAACACCUUCCCCGAGGAAAGAACUCCUUCACAACAUUGACCCCUUGAUCCGGGCUGACCAUCCCCUGGGCUAUGGCAUUGAUGAAGAAACCGACAUGAUCUAUCCACUGUCCGGCGUCUACCCCAAGGUGGCAGCAAACUUCUCCACAUAUAUAAGAGCGGCCAUCAGAGUUGGAGAUUGGAAGCUUCUUACAGGACGACCCGGAAGGAACAGCUGGUAUCCACCCCCGGAAUGGAACAUGACAUCCAUCACACCUCUUACACCUGCUGAGAAGUUAACGUGGCUCUUCAACAUUGCGGAGGACCCCUGUGAGAAGAACGACCUAUCAGAUAAACACCCUGAGGUCGUUGCAGACCUUGUUGGUCGGCUGGAGGCCUAUUACAAGACAUCAGUACCUGUCAGAUUCCCAAAUGAGACUGUCAAAGCCAAUCCUGCCACACACUUUGGAGUUUGGGGGCCAUGGGAAUGAAUCGACCCUGACACUGAAAUAUGUGAAUGUACACUACUAUUAAACCAGUACUUGAUUUAUUUUCUUAUGCAUGGCAUUUAGCUGGAGUCUUUCCACUUGAUUUUUCAGUUUCUGCUUGUUGCAAAGAGCUGAGGAGAAGGGAAGGUUCAUUGAAAGGGUGAAAGUGUAUCAAAGGCUUCCUCACCUACUAUUUGCAUGCUGUUCAGUGAUCUUUUAAAAGGGUAAUACUAACAUUAUCAUGUUGAGCAGGGUCCGCUGGGAAAACAGUAAUCGGAACUGAAGUAGCUACCCUGGGUAAAAUAUGACAUAUAAAUCUAUGUCAUGUCUUUUGGGAGUUAAACCCAGGUAGCUCUGAAAAGGCAGUAAUGUAGCAAUAUGACAUUGUCAGCAACCUCUUAACGUCUGAAAGCAGUCGCCUAAUUCCUGUAAAGAAUCCUUCCUAGGGAAGAGAAAGGUGCUUCUUACAUGUAUGUCAUAACUGUAAAAUCAGGCUUUUCCUGAAAUUUUAUUUUUUGAUAAAAAUACAAUAAAUUAUUUGAACACCCCAGAUACAACUUAUACCUACUUUUGUUUUACGUGAACGUACAGGAAGUCAAACCUACAAUAUUUGUAGUAACGCGCAAGUACCAUCCAAAACAUACCAUUGCACACAAUUAAUAAACAACAAAAGAUUCAGCUCUUUGCACUGGCUGGCUGUGCAUGUGAUUAAUAAAUUUCCUAGAUUCCUUUGUGAUGUCAUUUUACGUGCGCAUAAAAUGUUUGCACUGUUUUCUUUUCCAAAACUCUUGAUGCCUGUACAUACAAAAAUUUAUUAUUAUUUUUCAUGAAUUCCUCAAUUUCUGAUGUGUUGUAAUACACAAUGGCAAAUGCUUGCCAAGUGAGUCAUUCUAUUCAGCGUAGUUCCAUCUCAUAGGAUAGAAAAAUUGAAAAGGUACAUUGAAUAGGCUACUCUUUCGCCUCAUGCAAUAUUUUGUACCAUUGCACCCAUGUCUAUUUGCUGUGUGGAUAUCAUUCAGGAGGAUGGUACAGUAAAUAGGACCACUGAAAAGGAAUACUCUUCAGAUGCCCUAACUUUAAAAAUACACCUUGGCCCCGUCUUACAAAGAGUUACGAUUGAUCCAAUCAAUCGUAUCUAUGAAAAUCCAUUAGUGUCAUAAUUUUUCUACAGGAAAUUUGCAAAAAUGUCCUUUUUAAACAAAGAAGAACACACCAAAUUGUCAAGAUAUCAAUGAAUUUAUGGAUAUACAUUCAUAUCUAGAAUUUUUUUUGAACAAACGUGCAUUUUUAAAGUUGACUUUGCUGGCUUUCCAUACAGCUGUAGUUGCAACUAAUCGGAUCAAUCGCAACUCUUUAUAAGACGGGGGCCUGUGAUUUUCCCUUAGUCAGAUCUUAUAGAUCAUAGAAAUCUGGGGGAGUGUUUCAUCAACACUAUUCAUCUGACAGAUUGUCAGAUAUGACAACUUUUCUCGAUUUUGAUUUGUCAAGAAGCUCAGUUCCUAUGGUAACUGGGGGAUAAAACAAGACAAGUCCUUUCAUGAAGUGCUCCCCUGACUUGAGCAAACUUUGACUUGGAAGAUGUAAAUGACAACACCUGUUAGGCAUAUUCUUGUUUGAAAGAAAUAACUUUGGCAUUGGAGAUUAUUUUACUGAUGUUAUCAGUGCAGACUCUACUGUAUAACAAAAACAGAUCAUUGUUGAAGCUGAAUUAAUGAAUCUUGAUAGCAUGUAUUCCAGUCAGAAAAUAUCAUGAUGGAUAUCAAAUUUUUAUUUGAAUUUAUUAGUGGAACGUCACUUCAUGUAAUAUUGAUGCCAGGCUGAACUGACAGUGUGGUCAAAGGCAACUCUCUUUGUCUUUUCUGAUAACCUUUAUGUGCAAUAAAUAGUUCCAACUGCUAAUAAUUACACCAAAGCCUAAAAUGUAAUAGGAUAAGUAAUGUAGACAUUGCAGAAUGUGUCCUAAGACUUUCUGCAUAGAUUCAUGGAGCCUUGGCUAGCUUUUGAUAUAUAACAUGAUGGUAUCCUCCUUGUCUUGCAAUUGAUCUCUGAUUUGUGUGUUAUGCAAAUAAUUUGGGUCCUAGUAUUAGUUAGUUUAGUUUACGCCAACGAUGUUGUAGGACUAAGCCUGUUCAUCGAUCAAAGUAGAAUGUCUAUUGCAGUAUUGCUGCUUCAGACAAAAUUAGAUGCACGACUUGUGUUGGUAGGGAGGGGUGGCAGGGGUAUCAUAGACAGCAAGAAAUUCCAUUAAAAACACAUAAAAAUCGAAAAUCGCUCAAAAUCAUUAUUAUCAUAGGCAACCUUCUCCCAAUGCUUAUCCAGUCUAUUCUUAAAUGCAAUCACUGAACAAGCAGUAACUACAUCUUCUGGGAGACUGUUUCAUACACCUAUCACUCGCUUAGCAAAGAAAAACUUACGCACAUCAAGUCGUGAAUAUCUUUUCUCUUAGAUCUCUUAGGGACACCAAAUUGAUUUUUGUGCGAUUUACAUUCAAUAUAUAAUAUAUUUUCAUGCUCUUGUUACAGUGAUGAAAAGGAAUAGUUUUAUGAAUGUUUGGUAGAUAUAAAGAAAAUCAAUUUUGGCUACUCAAUAUAUUCUGUGCAUGGUAAACAUAUACAAACAACUGAGGCAUACUUCUAACAGGAUACAAGGAAAGGUGAUAGUUACC